CUCAAUUCAUUCCUUGCUAGCUACUUACCAAUUUCGUAUAUAUCUUUCUCCAUUCAUCCAACCCCGCACGCACAGUACUUACUACUUACUGAUCCUACGUACCGCGCGCCUCUGAAAAUCUCUUAAGAUGCCUGGCGAUAACAAAGAUGCACGUCGUAAAGGAAACAUGAAGUGCUUGGCAUACAUCGCUGUCGGGAUCAUAGCACAAACCCUAAUCAUAGUGCUGUUUGUGCUACUAGUUAUGCGCAUCCGAAAUCCUAAGGUCCGGUUAAGUUCAGUCGCGGUGGAAAAUCUCGGUGUCAACUUCUCCUCUUCCUCGCCCUCCUUUCACAUAAAACUCACUGCUCUAGUUACCGUCAAAAACACCAACUUCGGUCACUUCAAGUUCAGUAACAGCACAGCUACGUUUUUGUACAGGGGUACUGAGGUUGGAGAGGGCACCAUACUUCAGGCGCGCGCUAGGGCUCGAUCAACCAAGAAGCUUAAUGUCACGGUGUCGGUGGAUUCGAGUAAGGUAUCGAGGAAGUCUCUGUUGCAUAGUGACAUCAACUCCGGGGUUCUGAAGCUUAGCAGCUAUGCCAAAUUGAGUGGGAAGAUUCAUUUGUUCAAGGUUGUCAAGAAGAAAAAGUCCGCUGAAAUGAAUUGUACCAUGGAGUUGAAUACCAAAACAAAAGCUAUCCAGAAUUUGGCGUGCAAAUAAGUGUAUUCUAGCUAGCGUCUUUUUUUUUUUUUUUUUUUUU